GCCUAGUUCUCGUUCUCUUCUUUCUUUAUGUCUCACGAGAGCACGAUAACAGAUGAAUCGGAAGAGUUAACUCGCUUCCGUGAGCAGUGGAAAUCGGAGGUCAGGCAGAAGAAACAGCCUGCUCCUGCUCCUGCUCCUGCUCCUGUGCCGCCUUCCACGUCGAGCCCGGCCUCCACGUCGAUCAUCGCGCCCCCACCACCCACCGAUGCUCCUCCGCCUCUGUCAAACGUUGUCCCUGAGAGACCCUUCAACGUUUUUGGUGUCGCCAGACUGUCUACCACGACCCCUGCUCCUACCGCCUUCGUGUCCAAUGUCUCCAUUCGUGCGCGAAACAACGCUAUCAACGUCUAUCGACAGGCGGUGCGAUGCGAGCAGGCCAGCCAGCUUGACGAAGCCCUCCGCCUCUACCGCAUCGCUUUUCGCAUGGAUUCGGACGUCGACAAGGCAUAUCAUAAAGCCGAGCAGCAAUCUCUCGCCGCCGCCACUGCUGCAGGCGAGCGGCCUCCUGGGCAUCGGAAGACGAGCUCAGCUGACUCUGCGGUUGAGCGGGUCACCCAGAGUAUGAAAGGCUUGGAUCUCCCAUCCGCGCAUGUGCACCAUGCACACCAUGAGGCUCAUGUGACGGGGCUCCUGGCGAAGAUGGUGAAGGACUUUCCGAGUGUCUUGUUGUUCGAGCCGGAAGACGAAACAGAGAGCACACCGCUCAACUCUCUGCCUGACGAGGUCCUUAUCCACAUCCUUGGCUUUCUCAACACGUCCGCCCUCGAGCGCUUCGGGUCCACUUGCCGCAAGGCCCGCGUGCUGACCCUCGAGCCGUCGUUUUGGAGGCGCUUCGUGGAGACGACGUACAAGCCGCCACAGAUAGCGGAUGACGAGGAUUUGGACGCGAUCGUAGACGCCUUCGAUGCCGAUUAUAGACGUGUAUUCAUAGAACGGCCCCGAGUCCGGUUGGAUGGGGUCUACAUUGCAGUAUGCCAUUACAUUCGACAGGGCGUGAGCGAGAACGCCUGGGUUAAUAUGAGCCAUCUAAUCACAUACCAUCGUUAUCUUCGAUUUUUCUCAAACGGUCAAGUGAUAUCACUUCUCGCCAACGAGGAGUUUGAGCCACAACAGAUCAUCCCUAUCUUCAGGCCCGGUCUUCGAAUGAAGGGCUUCUACAUCGGCACGUGGACGCUCCGAGGGACGACGGUGUUCAUCACGAACCUGUACGACCCCGCAAACGCGAGCGCGCGUUACUCGUUCCAGAUGACGCUCGCCCUGCGCUCGCGGCCACUCGGGCGGUGGAACAAGCUCGAGUUCAUUGGAUACGACUCGGUCGACGUGGAGGGGGAGGCGUCGCCGCUGGCUUUGAAGAACGAGCGACCGUUCUGGUUCUCCAAGGUCAGGUCGUACGCCGCCGCGGUGGUGGAGUAGCUGAGGUAGUGGUGUCGGUUGUUCGGCGUGCGCGGGGAUGUCUUGGGUUUCCGCUUAUACACAGAACGACUGUCUUCUGUGUAAGGUCAGCCACGGAGACUAAGUUUUUCAUGCUGCAGUUGUUUAUGCACUUGGAAGAAUAUGCAAUAACAGGUCUCCAUCUGAGAUCUGAUGGUUGCUUUCUAUCUCU